ACCGUUGGAGCAACAUCUGCAGACACGUAUUUAUUUAGAUGUUUUUUAAUUAAAAAUUGAAUAGUGCUCGAACCAGGUAGCGCAGCCAUUCAAAAGGAAGCGCAGCAGGGCCGCGAAAUGUUUGCCAACCUGAAAAACAAGCUGAUCGAGGAGGUGAAGGCGUCGCCGUCGAAAUUCCAGCAAUUUGCGAAUGCAGCACAGGCCGCCGUGAGCUCAUCGUCAAGCACAACACCCAAUUCGGAAACGAACACCAGCAACAAUGAGAACUUCUUCAGCAUCACGGAGGAGGACACACCUCAGAACUCGCCUUAUCGCAUACAAAAACUGCCGGCCACAAGUGCAUCUUCGCUGCGCGGACGCUCGACCCAAUCCCUGAAUGGAGCCACCUCCAGGAGCCGCAAGCUGUCCAACUCGUCCAUGGCCAGCGAUGUGUCCUUCCGCCUGCCCACCUACGAAGCGCCAGCUGUCUACCAUCUGCAAUCCGAUCUGGAUGAGACGAGCAGCGAGUUCGACGACUCCGCCUCGACCGCCCGGCUGGAUGUGAUCACCAAGGACCAGCUGUACGAUGCGUACAAGAAGUCCCUGGAUCGGUAUCACAAGUACCGCUGUCGCUACACGGAUCUGGCCAAAAAGUACAAGGAACUGGAGCGCGACAGCUCCAAGGCGAGGUCCGUGCUGGUGGAGACGCAAGACAAGGCGCUGCGCCGGAUAAGCGAGCUGCGGGAGCAGUGCACGCUGGAGCAGCAGGCCAAGGCGCAUCUGGAGGAGGCGCUGCGCGUCGAGAUGGACGACAUGAGUUGCAAAAUGCAGGCGUAUCAGACCAAGCUCCAGCUGCUGGGCGAGAAUCCGGAGAAUAUAACUGCGGCUCUGGAGCGAAGCGGUCAAUUGCUGGACACGGAGCAGCUCAUCGACCUGGAUGAGUCGGCCGGGAAGUCGUCGCCGCCGUCUGCAAAUGGCUCGGGAUCCGCUGAACCCGUUUCCGAUCUCCAGCGUUUACUCAAGGAGCGGGAAGAGGAACUUAAGCAAGUAACGGAGAAGUACGAAGCUCUCAGAAAGCAAGAGGAGGAGAAUGUGCUGCUCCUGGCCCAAACAAAGCAGGCCAUCCACACGGAACUGGAGCACAAGGACAUCGAGGUGCGUCAGCUUCAGGAGAAACUCAAGCAGCUGGAAUCACAGCGAGAGUCCCACAGCAACGAGGCCAAGGAACAGUUGAAGAAGCUGCAGGCCACGAAACAGGAGGUCGAUGCCAAACUAAUGGCCACCGAGCACCUGCUGAACACUUUAAAAGGCAACUAUGCCACCAAGGAGCAACAGGUGUCCGCCCUCGAAAGUCAACUGGUGACCAUAAAAGCGGACAACGAAAAGAAGCUAAGGGAAUUGCAACAACAGAACGAAGAUAGCAGCGAUUCAAACGAGCAGCUGGAGAAACUGCAAAUAGCCUUAAAAGAAAGGGAUCAACUUUUGGAGUCUCUCAGAAGCGAACAGACAGCCAAGGAAAAGCUGUUGAAGGAUUUGGAGGAGCAGCUGCUUAGCCUGAAGAAUGAAAAUGAAAAAAACCUAGAUAAACUGCGACAAAACACAGAAGCUAGCGAGUCUCAACAAAGGAAACUACAAGCUGCCCUCGAGGAAGCCGAAUCCAAGAUCUUAAACACAGAAAAACUACUGAGUUCCCUAAGAAACGAACACCAAGCGAAGGAAGAUCAGUUGGCUGCGCUAGAAGGCAAACUGAAAACUCUAACCGAAGAAAACGAGAUUAACGCUGAAAAAUUGCGCCAGGUCAACGAACAUAGCGAAUCCCAAAGCACAGAUUCCCAGGAAAAGCUUACUAAACUUCAGGCAGCUAAAGAUGAAGCCGAAGCUAAACUUUUAUCAACCGAACUUAGUUUGAAUGCCCUCCAAACCGCUUUAUCGGCCAAGGAAGAGCAAGCUGCAACCUUGGAGGAGAACCUGAGUGCCCUCAAAACCGAAAGCGAGCACAGUUUGCAGGAUCUGCGUUUGCGCAACGAUCAGUUGCUCGAAAUUGUCCAGCGUCAUCAGCAAAACGACUGGGAAGCUCAGCUCGCUGAGGCCAGAGAAGAAUUGGCAACCAUUCAAUCGCAGCGGGAGCAUCGUGCUCUUGAACUCGAAAAAAGCCUGGAAAUGGAGCGAGAAUCACUGGCUGCCUUGAGUUCCGAGAAAACCUCUCUAGAAGAACAGCAUCGUCUCAAGCUGGAACAGCUGCAGCGCGAGAUUCAAAUUCUGCAGGAUCAGCACGCCAAUUCGGAAAGCGAAACUGUGGCUGCUCUGAAACUUCAACUGGAGGCAAUUAGCCAGGAGUUGGCCACCAGUCAGGCGAGUCUUCUGGCCAAGGAAAAGGAACUUAAAGCCAACUCAAACAAGUUGAACAAGCUGAAGAAGCAACACGAGCAGCAUCAGGCUAAAGCAAGCGAACAAAAUGCCCGCCUCGAAACGCUGCAAAGCGAAUUGGCAGAACGACUAGCCCACUCCCGCCAGGCGGAGAGCGAAAAGGAGGAGCUGCAGACACGGGUCACUGGCAUCCUAGAAGAAAUCAGCACCAUGCAGUCGCAAAUGCAACAGGUGCAGGACUCGCACAGCGAACUGGAACGCGAGAAGCGCAAGCUGGAGUCCCGCAUUGAAUCACUGCAAAAGGAGCAGGUGGACAGCAGUGCCCAGGAUGAACGCACCUCCGCGAAGCUGGAGGAGAUUCAGAGCGAAAACACCAAGCUAGCCGAACGCAACUGUUUGCUGGAGGAGCAGGCCAAUCAUUUGGCCUCCCAGCUGCAAGCCAAACAGGACGAAAUAAGCAAGGUGCAGGUGAAAAUGCAACAGGUUCUCGACGAGCACUCGAAACUGCAGAAUGCCCAGGAGCUAAUGGAUCACGACCACCGGACGCUGCAGGACAAGUGUGAUGCCUACGAAAAGGACAAGCUGCUGACCAAGGAUACGUUGGACUGCCUGCAGGAGGCCAGUGAGGAAAUGCAGCGGGCUAAGGCCAAUUUAGAGAGGGAUCUCGAGGAGCAGCAACAGCAAUUGUUGGAGUUGAGAGAACGUCAAAUGGAACAGGAGCAGCAGCUUAAAGAUCAAGCUGAAAGAUGCGCGGAAUUGGAGGCGCAAAACUCGGAAAGUGAGUCCCAACUGCAGGCCACAAUUAGCAAUCUUCGCGAGCAACUAGAUGGUUAUAAGCAGUCGGAGCAAGGAAUCCAAGAGAAAAUCCAGGCCACCAGCUCGUCGUACGCCACGCAAAUCGCCACCUUGGAAGCGCGCUGGAGUGCCGCCAAUUCGGAUGUGGAGCGGCUCCACGAAGCCAACGAUGCCCUGCAGCUGGAGAUGGAACAGUUGAAGGUGAAGCACAGCCAGGAACGCGAGGAGGUUAAGGAGUCCAUAGCCCAGAAAAAUCGGCAGGUGGUAGAGCUCCAAGAAGCCAUGGCUUUAAAGGACAGUCAGCUGAAAGACAAGGUAGACGCCUCCGAAAAGCUGGCCAAAUUCGAUGAGAUUCUCAUCGAGAACGAGUACUUGAACAAGCACACGAAACAACUAGAAAAAGAGCUAUCAGAAGGAGCGGAUCUUAAGGAAAAACUGAAAUCUCUGCAAUGUGAGCUGUAUGUCCUGCAGGAAAAGGCCGAACAGCAUGCCAUCCAAAUGAGCGAAAAGGAAACUCAAAGUGCGGCAGCCACGGCAGAGGUCUGCGAGCUGAAAAAGGCCAUCGAGGAGCAGGCAGUGGAGCUAACCCGUCAAAAGGAGCACGCCAGCUUUGUCACCGACCAGAGUGACGCUGUCCAAAAGGAUCUGCUCCUGGCACAGCAGCAAUUGCAGGAGAAACAGGGUGAACUAGCAAAGGCCCAGGAAGAACAGAAGAAUCUGCAGUCUCUGGUGGAAAGCCUCAAUGAAGAGGUCAACAGUCUGAAGGACUGGUCCACUCCGGACACCGACAGCCUGCGCAGCCUCAACGAGCGACUGCAGCGGGAACUGGAGGAUCUGAAGCACAAGAGCGCGGGUGCCGAGUCGAAUAUGCAGCAGGAGAUCGAGGAGCUGCAGGCGAACAACCAGCAGAUGGCCGAGCGCAUCAACGAGCUGGAAACCCUGCGAGCGGGCAUCCAGGCCCAGCAGAUCCUGGCCAGCAUGGCUCCUAAAAAUGUGCAGGAGGCAGCUGCCGCCGGCGAGAAGGCUGAACUGGAGGCCAAGCUAAAGGAGAUUAUGAACGAGGUGCAGGAUGUGACGAAUCGGAACCUGUUCCUGGAGCAAAAGUGUGAGAACUACUUGAUACUCGAGCAGUCCAAUGAGCGACUCAAGCUGCAGAAUGCGAAGCUCUCGCGGCAAUUGGAUGAAACACUGGUAUCCAUGCAGCAUAGCGAGGCUGUUCCGGCAAACACAGAGUUUGAGUACUUGCGGAAUAUAAUGUUCCAGUACCUGACUGGCAACACGAAUAACGAGACUCUGGUCAAGGUGAUAUCGGCUGUGCUCAAAUUCUCACCGCAGCAGGCCCAAGUUGCCCUGGAAAAGGAGCACCAGAGGCGAUCGUUGCUGAACAAACUAAUCUAGCAUGAACUGAUGGCUCUCUACGAUGGAGACUGGAACUGGGAGCCCUGCCCGGCGACGCUUCUAGACCGCAAAUGAAGUCGGAAUGAUUGGCCCGAGAUCACAAGUACCUUAUACCUCUUCCGGCUGAUUCUGCAGGCAUUUCGAGUUGUAGAAGCAGUUGAUGUGUGUGUAAACCCCAUAUUUAGGUCAAUGUUAUUGUACAGUCCACUAAUUAACUAUAGCUACUCUAUCCAAAACUCAUGCUAAGCACUUUUGUAAAUUUUGAUUAAGCUUUCCUUUGUUUCCGGCAUUCAUUUGCUUGCGAUCUGUAGUAUCCCCCACUUAACCACCAUCUAACCUAAGUGCAAUCAUUUUGUGUAUUUUAGUUAUAAGUUGAAAUUUGUAAAGAUCCGCAGCGCAGUUGGCAUUUAGUUUAAUUCAAAAUCUAUACAA